AUGAAGAGCCUCGCUGAGAAUCGCCGCCGCCGCUCUUGUCGAAUCCGUUUUCACUCUUUCCAUCGCCUCCUCCUCUUCCCGAGCAACCACUUGCGAUUUUCAGUUUCCCUUCUCAUUCUCCUGAUUUCCCUUCCGCUCUGUUUGGGGUCGGUCUCGGAGCUGAACGAACGAACGCUGAAUUCGGGAUUCCUCAGCCAGCUAGGCGUUUUGAGUCGCCGAGACGGGUGGAAUUCGCAAAACGCGCAAACAAUGUCACAACAACAACCCCAAACACCCGUCCACCCGCAACCAACGUCGAUUCAGUACUUCUAUCCUCAAGAGAUUCUGGAGGCGAACUCUGGUCUCGAGCUCUCAUUCAACCUCUCGCGAUCCAGCGAGCCAAAUCCAAUCGAGAAACCGACGAAGCUGUUGUUGCGAUUGAAUUUCAACGGCUGUGGAACAGUUCAAGUGCAACUUAAGAACCCCCCGCACCAGAACUGGACGAUUUCCCCGAAUCUCCUCGCUUCUUGCUCGAGUUCGACAAAAAGUUGGAUCGAUCUGGAUGUCACUGAAGUGUUUCCCGGCAACGAUUUGAUGCUCCAAUUCACGCUCACGUUUUCGCCGUUUAUUUAUUUGUCGCGUUCGCGUGAGGGCGAGAAAUACGCCUAUUUGGUGGCUCAGUACGAAAUCGCACCGACAAGUCGCUCGAAGAGAUUGGCUGAUGAUGACCCAUCGACGAGCACUCCCCAAGCACAGCAAGAGCGAAAGGGCAAAGGCAAGGGGAAAGGGCGAAAGCGGCCGGGAAAAGAAAAGAUCGGUCACCACUCCCGACAACCGCAUCGACGUUUGUGUCAGCGCGUCGAUUUGUACGUCGAUUUCAAGGAGUUGAAUUGGGACGAUUGGAUCUUGUCGCCAAUGGGCUACAACGCAUUUAUGUGUGUGGGUGAAUGUCCAAAUCCAUUACCCGCUCGUCUCAACGCCACCAAUCACGCCAUUGUACAGUCACUAUUGAACAGCCUUAAUCCGGAGAUCCCUGGACCGUGCUGUGUGGCCACCGAGACCUCAGCGCUCAACAUUCUAUACAAAGAUUUCAACAACACGAUUCAAAUCAAGAAAUAUGAUGGAAUGCGGGUGGAAGCGUGCGGAUGUCGA